AUGGCUAAAGGAACUUUGCGAACUCUUUGGUUCUCACCAAACAAGCAAGAAACCAUACUCAAAAUGCUGGUUUUGUGCCUAGCAUGCAUCGUUGCUUUUUCAAGUCGCUUGUUUGCCGUGGUUCGAUUUGAGUCGCUGAUUCAUGAGUUUGACCCCUAUUUCAACUACCGUACAACUCGGUUCUUGGCUGAAGAAGGGUACUAUAAAUUUCACAAUUGGUUUGACGACCGGGCUUGGUAUCCUUUGGGCAGAAUUAUUGGUGGGACUAUUUAUCCUGGUUUGAUGGUUACUAGUGCUCUGAUUUAUCGUAUUCUUCAUUUUUUCCAUUUUACACUGCACAUACGAGAAGUCUGUGUUUUCCUAGCUCCUCUUUUUAGUUCGUUUACUGUGAUCAUUACAUAUUUGCUAACGAAAGAGUUAAAGAGUGAUGGGGCAGGCUUAGUCGCUGCUUCUUUGAUUGCUAUUGUUCCUGGUUAUAUAUCUCGCUCGGUAGCUGGUUCUUACGAUAAUGAGGGCAUCGCUAUAUUUUGCAUGUUAUUUACGUAUUACUUAUGGAUCAAAGCUGUCAAGACUGGAGUGCUAUAUUGGUCUGUUCUUUGUUCUUUGGCGUAUUUCUACAUGGUUUCAUCUUGGGGUGGAUAUGUCUUUCUCAUCAAUCUUAUACCACUUCAUGUCCUCGCACUUAUUUGUACUGGUCGUUUCUCGCACAAAAUUUACGUGGCGUAUUCAACAGUCUACAUUGUCGGAACUAUUUUAUCCAUGCAAAUUCCCUUCGUAGGUUUUCAGCCAGUGCAAACUUCUGAACAUAUGGCGGCCUUUGGCGUUUUUGGACUCUGCCAGUUAGUGGCAUUCUCAAAAUGGCUACGUUCAAAACUGUCGGAGGAGAACUAUCGGCUACUGUUCCAUUCUGUUGUGGUGGCAGUUGCAUCUGUCUUUGCUUUCGCCAUUAUAUUAGCUACACUUUUGGGAAAAAUUGCCCCCUGGACUGGUAGGUUUUAUUCCCUCCUGGAUCCUUCUUACGCAAAGAAUAAUAUUCCUAUUAUCGCAUCCGUUUCGGAGCACCAACCAACUGCCUGGAGUUCCUUCUACUUUGACCUUCAGUUUCUUGUAUUCACUUUUCCGGCUGGUCUGUAUUUUUGCUUCAAAGAAUUGAAUGACCAUAACAUUUUUAUAAUUCUGUAUGGCCUGACAAGCAUUUACUUUGCGGGGGUCAUGGUCCGAUUGAUGUUGGUAUUAGCCCCCGUAAUGUGCAUUUUGGCUGGCAUUGCGAUAUCUUCUACACUGAGUAGUUAUAUGAAAAACCUGGACGGUGUUGCGCAGCAUCAGGUGAAACACGACAAGAAGGAGCGGGAACGAAAUUACCCUUAUAAAAAUGAAGUUGCGACAACGGUUGUAGCGCUUGUUAGCAUGUCGCUUUUCUUAUAUGUCUUUCACUGCACAUGGGUGACGUCAGAAGCUUACAGCAGUCCUUCAAUUGUACUUUCUGCUCACUCAGGUGAUGGGAGUAGUAUUAUAUUUGAUGACUUCCGAGAGGCGUAUUACUGGUUGCGUCAAAACACUCCUUCGGACGCGAAGAUAAUGUCUUGGUGGGAUUAUGGUUAUCAGAUCACAGCGAUUGCUAAUCGUACAGUCAUAGUUGACAACAACACCUGGAACAAUACACAUAUUUCGCGAGUAGGACAGGCUAUGUCUUCUAAAGAAGAGGACGCCUACGAAAUAAUGAAAGAAUUGGAUGUCGACUACGUUUUAGUUAUAUUUGGUGGCGUUACUGGAUACUCAUCAGAUGAUAUUAAUAAAUUUUUGUGGAUGGUAAGGAUUGGUGGUUCGACUCCUGAGGGAUCUCAUAUUCACGAAAGUGAUUAUUUCACGAAGUCUGGAGAAUUUAGAGUGGACAAAGAAGGCUCACCAACGAUGUUAAACUGUUUGAUGUACAAACUUUGCUACUAUCGUUUUGGAGGACUAUACACACAACAAGGCCGCGCUACUGGCUUUGACAGGGUUCGACACGCUGAGAUAGGAAAUAAAGAUUUUGAACUGGACUAUUUGGAUGAAGCAUUUACUUCAGAGCACUGGAUUGUUCGGAUCUAUAAGGUGAAGUCAGUGGACAAUAGAGGUCAUAAGUAG